CCUCCACCAUCUCCGCCUCCUCGUCUCCUCGACACACAGCAAUCAUGUCAUCACAUCAGCUGUCGAUGAUCUCCUCGCUCCCGUUCUUCUCGCUUCCAUCUCUCCUGCCGCUGCUCCUGGCCGCCAGCUCGCUCUCCUCUCGCGCCCCACGCGCCUUCGCACAGCGCAUCUGCGUCGCCACGAGACUGGACGAUGAGGCUACGCGCGAGGUCGAGGAGGGCGAUGCGAGAUGGAGCAGGACGCGGAGAGCGAGGAUGGAGAGGCUGGAGGUGUGUGAGGAGGACGGAGAAUGGCCAUUGCACACCUAUCGGCGACACGGUCUGCGCUUCCUGCUUCGAGACGACGGCGCGAAAGGGCGGUUCGAAGUUUGCGUCUAUCGACUCUACCACGAAGACCUCUCUCUCCCCUCACCAGCGCCCAACACUCUGAUCGUGCAUGCUCGAGUCCUGCACUCCGUAGCUGCUGCCGCGACUGGCAAUGCAGGGACAGCGACGCCUACGCCGGCUGGCGCAACGGCAGCGACGGGCGCAGCUACUGCGACUGCAGCGGUUCUGGACUCGGGCAUGCGGGAGCUAGAAGGGCUGGCCAGGAGGUGUGCGGGUGUUUGUGUGUUUGUGAGAGAUGAAUGAUAGGUCAUCUCUGCUCUUGAUUGUGCUGCGCAGGGAUGUGAGUGGGAAG